GAUUUAAAAUAUUUCUAUACGUUUCAUUUGCAAUGAAUUUAUUAAAAUGUACCGUCGGUUGCCGAUCACUAGUGCGUUUGGUACACGAGAACUCAGAUCCGGAAUAUCCUCAGUAUACAAGCUUUUUAUCGAGGCUGAAAACAUUCGAUUCCCACGCGCCUCGAUCGCGUCAAGAUAAAUAUUCGCUGGCCGAGGGCGGAUUCACUUACACCGGAACGGGCGACUUGGUUCAAUGUCACUACUGCGGCAUAUUGUUGGGGCAGUGGGAGGAAAAUGAUGAAGUUUGGCAGCAACACGCCGUGCACAACCCUAAAUGUGUAUUCGUAUUAUUAUAUAAAGGCAUGGAAUUUAUUGAAAAUGUAAAAAAUGAACUAAAUAACAAAGGUAGUGAUAAUAGCGGCAUUCGAAUCUGUAGUUGUAAAACGGAACCGUAUGAUGUUGAUAAUAAUAAUAAUAAUAAUAAUAAUAGUCGAGCCCAUAUAUGUAAAUCUGAAUCGUUUGAUGUAGUCGGGUGACCUGCAGCACCACCCAUGUUCAUUAUAACACAAUAACCUAUUUGAUAUAUGUAUAUAUGAUAUUUGUAUUGAAUAAACAUCAAAUUAUAUUAAACAAUUAAAUCGUGUUAGUAUUUGACUUGGUAUCCUGCUUGUAUGUAUGUAUGUAUGUAUGUACGUAUGUAUAUAUGAUAAAAUUCGAAAAACCGCGUCCGUCCGAUUACCGGAUAGAUGUCGCCACCGUCGGUGAUAUCCGGUUCGAGCGGACGGCGUCCGAUGAGCCCGUCCGCGUCGCGGACAGAGCGCGCCGCGGUCGGGGCGGCCAACGCGCGGCGAGCGUCUAACGGUCGUGGUGGUUGGGUGAUGUAGCGGGGUG